AUGGCUCAACUAAUGAUACGACCAAGGAACGACAGCGUCAUUGAGAGGGGGCUUUACUCGAAAAUUGAAAAGCUACUAUCAAAAUCCGAAGGCAAAAGCGAUGCGACUAUCAAGUCCACCUUCCUCGAUACCAUUUGGCCAGAGCUGGAGCAAGAUUAUAGGUUGAUGGUAGGAAACUUGAUCAUUUAUUGUGAGCAUGAAAUUCAACAGCGAGGCAUUAGUGCCAAGGUCGAUGGGAGGGUCAAAGCCUCCAGCUCAAUCAAUAAAACACUCCACCGCCGAGAGCAGCAUCGUAUGAGUAAGGGCUUAGGAGUAUAUGAGCGUGUGGAGGAUAUGUUCCGCGACAUGCACGACCUUGCCGGCCUCCGGAUCAUCGUCGACUAUCCAUCCCAGCUGGAACGCGCCAACCAGCUCGUCCUAGAAUGCUUCCACCAGGAAAAUAAGCCAAACGUUUUCACUCGAGACCGGCCUGUCGGCCAAUCAUGGGAUGCUUGGUUUGGAGCCUACGAAAGCUGCAACCAUCACGUUACGUUAGACACCAGAGCCACGGGUAUCCUCCAGGUCUACCGUCAUGUAGUGUUCGAAAUCCAACUUACAAGUCUGCCAGAAAGCCUAUACAACAAGUUGGCUCACCCGUUGUUAUAUAAGCAGAAAUCUGGCAAGAUGUCCCGUCAGGACGAGAUGGUCAUUGACCUCUCUCAUGGGUUAUCACUUUGCUACUCCAUCUGCUUAUUAUACAUGCAAGAUAAACUAGACGACCAUGACAAGCAAGCAGAUCAGCAAGAGCUUCGCAAUGCAAUGAGAAAUGCUGUGUCUGGCCCUGAUACACAAGGCGAAGGCGACAAAGAUGAGGACCAGCUGACGGAUGGCAUGGGUCCUCUAGUCGGAAUGAUUCCCGACAUGGUACGCCGUCAAAUACCCAAUCUAUCUUCAAAGUCCAAUGGGAAGACAGUCUCAACAGAGCUCUUUACGGGUAUCCUUUCAGCGCUACCGGAGGCGUGUGACUCUCCAGAGAGCAUCUGGUCGAGUAUCAUCACCAGAUUAACUAACUGGGAUGCAAGAAUUGGCGCCGUGGAGGCUGCCAUGGAAAAGCAAACAAAAGCAAUUGAAAAGGCUCAGAACACGUCUCAAUCUGAAGCUGAUAAAAAGUGUCUCACUGAUCUACGGGUGAUUAACCCAUCGCAUCAUAAGAAGGCGGUUCAGAAAGCCAAGGGAGGCCUAUUGAAGGACGCCUAUCGUUGGGUCCUCCACCAUGAGGAUUAUCUGCGUUUUAGAAACAAUCCUGAUAACCGACUACUCUGGAUAAAGGGAGAUCCUGGAAAAGGGAAAACAAUGCUUCUUUGUGGUAUUAUUGAUGAGUUGCUGAGUGAGGAUCGAGAAAGCAUCUCGUUUUUCUUCUGUGAAGCAACCCAAAGUGACCAGAAGAGGAAUGCGACAGCGGUACUCCGCAGUCUUAUAUGGCUUCUUUGUACGGACCAACCACAUCUAGUGUCCUAUAUUCGAGAGCGAUACGAUAGCGAAGGCAAAGAUCUAUUCGAGGAUGAGACUACAGCUUUCCCGGCCCUCGAAGAGAUCCUGAUAGAUAUGCUGCAUGAUUCCAACUGCAGAGACAGCAUUUUUAUCAUAGAUGCCUUGGACGAGUCCUCUGAUAAUACGAGGUCAGACCUAAUCAACCUCAUCAUCCAGCUUUCAGACUCUAUUCAUAACGCUAAAUAG